UCGGGGUUCGGUGGGCGGUGAGGGUGAUAGAUAACACCGUCCCGGAUUUGAACGACGAGGAGUGUCGGGAUUUGAAGAGGCUUCGGGCAAUCCUUCCCGGCUCUCAGGCCAUCCGAGCUAUGACCGAGGAGUGGCUAGCCGAGGCGGGUCUUAGCCCGGCUUUCGGGGGUACGUUUAUAGAGGGUGUUCUCCACGUUUUUAUUUGUUUCCACAGUUUGUGACGGUUUCGCUUGUUUUCUUUGUAGGAAUGAAGCUCCUGUCCCUCCGUGGUGGUCGCUCUUCGUCGGCUUCUUCCCCGCGCCAGUCCGCCGCUUCCCCUCCGCGUUCCCCAGCCGACCUGGUGCCCGGUUCGGCGGGUGCCCCAUUGGAAAUCCCUGCGGGACGUCCGUCCAAGAAGGCGAGGACGACGGGUCCAGGGAAAAACAAGGCGGGGACCGCUCCUCCAACAGUCGUGGGUGCCAAGCGGACCUCUCGGGAGGAGGGGCCUUCCCGAUUUGAAGGGCCUAGCCAGGGGGCGGCCGGGAAGAGGGCGAACCUGCCUACGGUGGAUGAUCUGUGCGGGCUACGCGCGGGGGCCGACGAGCCCCUAUGGGCAGCGGUGAUGGGCGAGCUUCCGACAGGGGAGGCCUCCGACCCGCUGGUCGCCCGCUGGAAGGGGCUGUCCCGAGGGGACCGGGUAUGGGCCGGAGGAGAUCCCUCGGCCGCCUUCCUUCGAGGCGUGCUCCACCCCGACCUGGCUCGGGACCUGUACACUUUGCCCUCAGAGACCAUGCUCAGCAAGGCGGGGAGGUUCCUGACAUUGGGCCUCCAUUAUUCGACGGCGCUGAUGGAUCGAGUGCGCGACGCUGGCCAGAUAAUCUGGGACUUCAGCGAGCGCAACUCCGAGUUGUGUCGUCAGCUGGAGGAGAUCCGGGCUGGGUCGGGCCCUGAGGCGGUAGCGGCUGCGGAAAAACGCGCGACCUAUUCCGAGGAAGAAGUGGCGCGUCUACGAGCAGAGCUCGAGCAGUCGGGCGAUUCGGUCAAGGAGCUCCAGGAGUUCCUUCGUUUGGAUCGGGCCGAGCUCCGCCAGUCGCGGUCAGAGGCGCUUGGUCUCUCCAAGAGGGCGGAGAAAGCCGAGGCUGAAGCCCGUGCUGCUUCCGAGGUGUUGGCUGAGGAGGUUCGCCUCCGCCCAUCGAAGGACAAGGAGGCGAUCGAAGCUUACAAGAAGUCCGAGAACUUUGAGCUCGGACUGACCCGAAUGGGGCGAGUAUCCUACGAGUAUGGAUACAGGAUCGCCCUGGGUCGCUUCGGCUCGUGUCCUCCCGGCUCCGAGGUGGAAAGGGAUCCAUUCGCCUCUCACCCUGUGGAUCUGGAGGUGGAUAUGCCUGAGGACGUGCCGUUCGACGACCGCCCGAAGACUCCGGGUGAGGAGUGAGGGUCGUUUCUUGUAUGUCGGGCCGAGGGUGCGAGGGUUUUGUAUAUGGGUUUCGACUUCUGUAUCCCCUCCUUUUUAAUAAGAUGAUCUUUUACUUC